AUGUUGGAGCUGGACAUCCACAAGCCCAGACACAUCCACCAAACUGUUCCUUCCAUGAAGUUAUCAAACGGAUACAUUCUGCCUGAAGGCAAGAUGAGGCUGAACGCAGUCUUUGUUGGUGGGAUCGACAAAGAGGUGGAUGAAAAUGAAAUACGGGACAUCUUUGCAAGAUUUGGUGUAGUAAAAGAAGUAAAAAUUAUUACAUACCAUGGAGGGAUCUGCAAAGGUUAUGGGUUUGUGUACUUCAAUGAAGAUAUCGACAUUCAGUCAAUCAUUGAGGAGCGGAUCAUUUUCAAGGGCCGGAAACUCAAGUUGGGCCCUGCUAUCACGAAAGAAAGGAUCUCUCGCUCCAUGCCGUCGCGUCUGGUUGGAGGACAGGCUCCUUGGAUGAGUCCCACCCAGUACUAUUACUGUACUUGCUGUUCACCCAUGGGAGGAGGAGUGAUGCAGUCUACACCCAUUUACAGUGGAGGCAGCCCCUAUAAUCAGCCGUAUUCCUACAACAACUUUGGAGGAGCCGUGUUUCCACAGACCCCGAUGAGCUACCCACAGAAUCCCUACACCUACCAGUACACCACCCCUCCCUGGACCGCAGACCAGAGGACGCGACCUGUCAGUCAGAACUUCGUGGACUGUGGAGUUCAGACGUUGCUGACUGUCAUGUAGUCCACAGCUGCCGAGUCUCCAAACAG